CGUCGAAAUCUUUGGUUGAUCGUGGACUACAGUGCUGUCAUUUUUGUAGGAAAAUAGGAUGAGUAUAGGGAUAUUGAACUCAAUUGCAUAACAAAACAUUUGUUUGUUGUCAUUCAAAGAGUAAUAUCCGGAUAACUUAUUUGUGUUUUCGUUAGUUUUUGUUGUUGCAUAAUGGAUGAGGAUGCUAGGACAAUAUGGUGUGGUAAUUUGAGCAGCAAGUGCAAUGAGGAAAUUCUUUAUGAGUUGUUUUUACAGGCGGGUCCAUUGGAGAAAGUGAACAUCCCAAAAGAUCGUGAUGGAAAGCCAAAAAAUUUCGGUUUCGUCACAUUUAAACAUGCCGUAUCGGUCCCAUAUGCUCUGGAGUUGUUGGAAGGUACAUCAAUUUACAACCGUUCUCUGACCAUCAAAGCAAGGCAGUUAUCAACAGAUCCACCUCCUUCGUCCAUUUCCCGCAAUACGAAUCUUUCGAAGCUGAACGCAGUGUCUCUAUUUGCUAAUGAGGUGUUGAUGGGUUAUCAUAUGCCUCAAGUGAGAUACAAUAUGAUGCCUAUGCUUUUGCCAUCUAGCAUGAUCCCAUCUGGUAUAAUGCCGUACUCCAACAAAACUCAUGGAACUUCUUACUUCCAUGGGAAAGGAGAUGGAUAUUCAAGCAGGAAUCAUCCCUAUAGCCAUGAUCGGGAUAAUAACAGGGAUAGGUAUAGCAGAAGGGAUUAUGAUCACAGUGAAAACAAAGGGGAGCGACGUCAUCGUGAACGUGAGCAUCAUAGAAACUCCGGGAGUCAUAGAUCGAAUAGUAGUCGAAGUGGUAGGAAUUAUCGAUAAAUUUUUGGGUUAUCAUUUGGACAUUAGUAAUCGAGAGUUGACAACAGUUAUAUUAUUUUUGUACUCAUGACAGGAGAAAUUCUGGUUGCAAUAGAGGUAAUUAUUGAUUUAAUUAGAUUUUCAAAAUGAAAUAGAAUAACUUCAUGCACAUAAUUCGGCGAAUCGUCGGCGAAAUUCUAUAAUGAAUCAAAUAUAUGUAAAAAAUGAUGUACAAAGCUGUCCUUUACUAAUUUCUUUCAAAAUACGUGAUUAAUCCUAUUCUUGAGAAUUUCUCAAUUGCAAUUCCGCUUUAGAAGACCGAUUUUUCUGAAAGAUAUACAGACAAAAUUUUUGUAGUAAAAGGAACAGAUUAAGGUAUUUCCGCAGUUACCUGUACUUUAGAAAAAUUUCGGACUAUGGUAAAAAUAUCAAAUUUGAAUUGUCUGGUAUUAGAUACACGCGGAAAUUAUCCUGAAAUUUUCGAGGGCUUUGACCAUGCCGUGUUGGAAUAUGCAUCGCUAAAUAUUAAAAUUUAAUGUUUUUUUAAAGUUUGACGUGGUAUAUUCAAAAAAAUUACAUGGUAAAAGUUCUUGAAUUUUUGGUAAUAUUUUUUCAUCGUACCCAAUAAGACAUGGUUCAAUUAUGGUGCCUCUACCAUAUUGGGAAAUUAUUUACAAGUAUAAGUAACUGCGGAAGCAGCUUAAGCGGGGACAGAUGAGAGGAACCAGUCUUCCAUUUAUCUUCUACCCCAAAAUAUCUUUUUUGCAUCUCUUCAUUACUAUUAAUUUCUCAUUGUUAAUAUAAAA